GGGGAGGUUUCAAAUUGCACUUUUGACUGAAGAUGAGCCUGGUGUUGCAGUUCUGCUGAGUAUUUGGGAGUGUGUGUGUAAAGCAAUGGCUAAUCACUCUUAUUGCAGCAUGUGAGCAUCUGAGCAGUUCCCUGUGCAGAAAACGUACAUGAUGUCCAGCCACACACGCCGUCAAUCUUGACACAUAUCACACAGAGACCAGCCUGGCAUCUCCAUGCUGCUCUUGGGCACAGACAGGUGGUAGAACAUCUGAGGAUACCAGAUAGGAAACUUUGAGAAUUAUGGUGCCCUAGUACUUCAUUUUAAGAACAAAAACGACAACUUCUGCAGACAAAUUAAGAGCCAAUUCAUUGCAAAUUCACCAAGCUGUGGGGUUCUGUGUUUGUGGAUUUAAAGUACAAAGUGCACUGGUAUUGUUUGCAGUUGUUUGUGCGUGUUGCCAAUCUGGGCCAAGGUUCCAGCAGAGCUUUGGUCAAACACACUCAAGCAAACUCAAGCACUAACCUUUCAUGACACACCUCCCCUGUGCUUUUGAAAGAAAUGGAAGAGUUGCGGAAAGGUCGGGGACAGUAGGAAUGGGACCAUCACUGUCCCGUAGAGGAUGUUAUUUGGGAACAGAAUGUGUUGCUUGGAGACCGGUGAAAACAUUAAUCUACUUUUUUCUGAAAGUAACUGCGAUAAAUUCGAGAAGCACCAGUGGAGUUUAAGCUGAAAUUGUUGGUACCAUUUUGGGAUUUCUUUCAUCUCAACAAUACUUUUUUCUCAAAGUCUGUUUUGGAACACCUGCCGUGCUGGCGUACUUUAGAGAAAACGUGGAGUGGAGUAUGACCAGUUGUCAGUACCCCACGCCGCCCCCGGUGCGGGAUCGCAUGUACCAGCACAAAGUGUCGCUGGUCGUGCGGUACUUUAUGAUACCUUGCAACAUCUGUCUCAUAUUGCUGGCCACUUCCACACUCGGCUUCGCUGUACUCCUCUUCCUCAAUAACUAUAAACCUGUUCACUUUACACCUGCUCCACCUCCUGAUGGUUGCCGAGGGAAAUUGUGUGGAUUUGGGGCGAUUUGUGUGAGAGAUCUGACUGACCCCUCUAAAGGAGAGUGUGUGUGUAAGAAGAUUGUAUGUACAUCCGUGGUGGCACCAGUUUGUGCAUCAGAUUCCUCCACCUAUUCCAAUGAGUGUGAGCUGGAGAAGGCCCAAUGCAACACACAGAGACUCAUCAAGGUGAUGCGCAAAGGCCCCUGUGCUCUGAAGGACCCAUGCAGCGAGGUGACCUGCAGCUUUGGUAGCACCUGCAUCCAGUCAUCAGACGGCCUGUCUGCCAAAUGCAUGUGUCCUUUUACAUGUGAAAAUGUCCCCAAGCAUGUGGUGUGUGGCAGCGAUGGUCUGGAUUACCAAAGCGAAUGUGAACUCAACAUGAAAGCCUGCGCCACCCAGAAGAACAUCCGUGUGCAUCACCAAGGCCGCUGUGAUCCAUGCAGUGACAAAGAAAACAACUUGAACUUUGCCUGUCAUGUGGAGCCAAAAACUUACAAGAAGAUGACCUUUGCUCCACCAGAGUCCUGUCCGCCAGACCCCACACCCAUCUGUGCCAGCGAUGGGCGCACCUACAAGAGCAAGUGCCAGAUGCUGCAGACGGCCAUGCAGAACAACCUGGAGCUCAAGCUGGUCUCCACUGGCAGCUGCAAAGAGGGAGGGGGUUGCCCGAGUGGCUGUAAGUUCAACGCACAGUGUUUGCUGGAAAAUGGAAAGUUUCGGUGUUCCUGCGACCCCAUCAAAUGCGACGGCACCUACAAGCCCCUGUGCGGAAAGGACGGCAAAACAUACCCCAAUGAAUGUGAGAGGAAACUUCAAGAGUGCUGGAUCAAGACCAGCAUCCCUAUCAAACAGCAAGGGCCCUGUGAUCUUAAUCUAGAGAGCCCCUGUCUGGAGAAGACCUGUGACUUCGGAGCCGUGUGUGUGGUGAAGAAUGGCGAGCCCGUGUGUGAAUGCUCAGACGCAUGUCCUCAGGAACAGGACCCUGUUUGCGGCAGCGAUGGGCACACGUACAGCAGCUCAUGCCAAAUGAAGUCCAUGGGAUGCGCCCUACAGAAACAGAUACAGAUGCAGCAUAAAGGACCAUGUGCAGAUGAAUCCUGCUCCAACUGCUCAUUUGGUGCGAUCUGCGACAUUCAGACCGGCCGUUGCGUUUGUCCCAAAGGGUGCAUGGAAACACGACAGCCCGUGUGUGGAAGUGAUGGGGUGACAUAUGAUAACGAGUGUAAGCUGAAUGUGAAAGCCUGCACUAAUCAGUUGGAUCUGAGAGUAUUGGCCCAUGGAGAAUGCAAAACCUGUGGCAGCACUGUGUGUAGCUGGGGUGCACGGUGCGUACAUAACAAGUGUGAGUGUCAGCAGUGCACAGGUCAGCCUGUUAAACCUGUGUGUGGAAGCGACGGCACCACCUAUAACAAUGAUUGUGAGCUGCGACUGGCCUCCUGCAAGAAACAGAGGAAGAUAGAUGUGGCCAAACCUGGCAUCUGUGAUGAAGAUUGUGGAUCUGGAGGUUCGGGCUCAGGAUCAGAGACCUGUGAACAUGAUCGGUGUCGAAGGUAUGGUGGAUCGUGGGAUGACGACACAGAAGAUGAUCGCUGCGUGUGUGACUUUACCUGUCAGACUGUGCCACGCAUCCUGGUGUGCGGCUCAGAUGGGAACACAUACAACAGCGAAUGUGAGCUCAAGAAGACCAGGUGCGAGAAGCAAAUGGACCUGCUGCUCCAGAGCCAAGACCCCUGUCCAGCUGCCACAUCAUCUCCUACAGACUUGAUUGCCCCCCAGCACUGCAGUGAAACUGUAUACGGAUGUUGUCAAGACAACAAGACCACUGCCCUAGGUGUUGGACUGGCGGGAUGUCCCAGUGUGUGUCAGUGUAAUCAUUAUGGUUCAUACGGAGGCACCUGUGACCCCUCCACUGGCCAGUGCUCUUGUAAACCAGGUGUCGGGGGACUCAAAUGUGACCGCUGCGAGCCUGGAUUUUGGAACUUCCGAGGCAUUGUGACAGAGAACAUGAGUGGCUGCACACCAUGCAACUGCGAUGGAGUGGGCUCUGUACGUGACGACUGCGAGCAGAUGUCAGGGCUGUGCUCUUGUAAGCCUGGCGUUAAGGGCAUGAAAUGCAACGUGUGCCCCGACGGCAGCAAGAUGGGAGCCAAUGGCUGUGACAAAGGGCCUGAGGCAGCCAAGUCCUGUGAUGAGCUGGUAUGCCACUUUGGGGCAUCGUGUGUGGAGUUGAAUGGACAGGCUCACUGUGAAUGCCCAUCACCAGACUGUGACGAGAAGAAUAAGACAAAGGUAUGUGGUUCUGAUGGGGUGACUUAUGCAGACCGUUGCCAGCUAAGAACCAUUGCGUGCCGACAAGAUAGGAAAAUCACUGUGGAGCAUAUAGGCCAGUGCAAAGAAUCCAUUGAGCCGGCGGCCAAACCCACACCCUUCCCAACCACCCCCCGCACCACCCCUCCCACCGCUCACGUCAAGAUCACCAACCAAGGCUAUGGCCUCACCACCACCUUCACCACCACUGCAAGCAUUCUUGAGGAUGUGGACCGCUUCGCAGUGGAGGCACUGCCUCCUCCAAGGCUGGUAGAGGCAGAAAUGACUACUAUAUCUUUCACCAAGCACCACCUCACUACACCCUCCAAACCACCCCACGCCUCAUCUCCACCCCUGGGCUCCAGCCAUGGCCUAGAGGAGGAUUCUGGCAGUGGAGAGCCCAGUGGAGACUACGACAUGGAGGGUAGCGGAAUGGAGGCAAGCGGAGAAGAGCCAUUUGGUACAACAGUAGCAACUACCACUCUUCCCACAGCAGAGGAGCGGUCUUCCUGUGACAACACACCAUUUGGCUGCUGUCCCGAUGGAAAGACAGCCACCAUCGACUCUGAAGGCACUAACUGCCCCUUCCACCAUGCCAACUUUUGGGAAGAGUCUCGGUCCGCCACCAUGCGCUUCAGUGGCUUCCUACAUCUAGAUAAGGUGGAAGGUCAGGAGGUCUUCUACACACCCGAGAUGGAGGACCCCAAGUCAGAGCUGUUUGGUGAGACAGCCCGGAGCAUCGAGAGUGAUCUGAAUGAGCUGUUCCGUAAAUCUGAUGUCCAGAAAGACUUCCAGAGUGUCCGUGUGAAGAAUCUGGCCCCUAGCAACUCCAUAAUAGCCUUAGUAGAGGCCCACUUUGACCCAGACACGAGGUUCAAUGUGGAAGAUAUCGAGGGAGCUCUUCUCAAACAACUCAAGGCAUCUAAAGACACUGGUAUUGUUGUGAAGAAGCCUGAGGAAGAAAAUGUUCGCAUCACCAACUAUGGUCUUUCAUCUGUUCCUUUCUUCACCACCACCACCACAACCACAGUGGCGUCUGUCACAACUCCGACCACCACCACACUUUCUCCUACUGCUGCCUAUACCACACUCCGCCCCACCACCACCAGGCAGGUUUUCACCAGCCGCAAGACAACCACAGCCACUCCGACCACCGCCACUACAACUCAGGCCCCUACCACCACAUUCUCACUGAAGAUGAGGCCAGUGGCCCACGCCACCAGACCAUGCGACUCACAGCCCUGCCGUCAUGGCGGAACCUGCGAGGAGGAGGGGAAUGACUUCACCUGCAUCUGUCCCGCUGGGAGAGGAGGAGCCGUGUGCGAGAAAGUUAUAAAGUACUUCAUCCCAGCCUUUGGAGGCAAGUCUUACUUGGCCUUCCAAACCAUGAGAGCCUACCAUACUGUGCGUAUUGCCCUGGAGUUCAGAGCAUCAGAAAUGACAGGGAUAUUGCUCUAUAAUGGCCAAACUGGCAAAAAGGACUUCCUGUCUCUGGCAUUGGUAGGAGGAAAGGUAGAACUCAGAUUUAACACAGGUUCUGGUACAGCUUCAGUGGUCAGUAAAGUACUGGUAAGACCGGGUCGCUGGCAUCAACUAGUGGUAGUCCGUAACAGGCGAAAUGCCAUGCUGAGCGUGGACAAUGAGCCAAACGUCGAGGGACAGAGUCCCCCAGGUACCGACGGACUCAACCUGGACACAGACCUUUUCAUCGGAGGAGUGCCUGAAGACAUCAUACAAGAUGUUAAGGAGAAGAUGUCGGUGGAUACAGGCCUGGUGGGCUGCGUCCGCAUGUUGGACGUCAACAAUUAUGUCUAUAACCUGCAGGAGAACGGCGGUGGCGUUCGGUACGGCUCGGGUGUAGGCGAAUGCGGCAACAAUCCCUGCUUGCCGAACCCCUGCAAGAACGGAGCCUCCUGCCAGGUCAAAGAAGCUGAGAUGUUCCACUGCAAGUGUGUCAAUGGAUUCUCUGGUCCAACCUGUGCUGAUGCCCACAACCCCUGCGACCCCAAUAAAUGUCACCAGUCAUCACGGUGCCAAGUCCUGCCAGAGGGAGGUUACAAAUGUGAAUGUCCAAUGGGACGUGAAGGCAAGCACUGUGAAAAAGUGUCAGACAAGGGAGGAUCUUUCAUUCCAUACUUCACUGGGGACUCAUAUCUGGAGCUCAAGGGCCUUCAUCGUUAUGAUCUGGAUCUGAGGCAAAAAAUCAGCAUGACUAUUGUUCUGCUGGCCAAUGACUCUAAAGGCAUGAUCUUCUACAAUGGUCAAAAGACGGAUGGUAAAGGAGAUUUCAUCUCUCUCUCCCUGAAUGAUGGUAUCCUAGAGUUAAGAUAUGAUCUGGGCAAAGGGUCUGCUGUCAUUAGGAGUAAAGAGAAAAUAAAGCUGAACGAGUGGAACACAGUGAAUCUUGAGCGGGCCAGCCGGAAAGGAGAGAUAAGCAUUAAUGGCAAAGAUCCAGUCAGAGGAGAGGCACCGAAUCAGCACACAGAUCUAAACUUGAAGGAGUCACUCUUUGUGGGUGGAGCCCCUGAUUUUCGCAAAGUAGCCAGAGCCGCCGACAUCAAAGAUGGCUUCAAAGGGGCUAUUCAGAAGAUUACUUUGAUGGGCAUUUCAAUCCUGAAGACUGAUAAUGCCCUUAACUCCAGUGAUGUGUCCAUGUACCCCCACCACCCCUGCUCCAAAGGUGUUUGUGAGAAUGGAGGCCACUGCAGCCCCAUUUUGGACAGCUAUGAGUGCAUAUGCCGACCCGGAUUUCCCGGACCGCACUGCCAAUCUGCAAUAUUUGAGAAAUCCGCUGGGGAGACAGAGGCCAUUGCGUUUGAUGGUCACACUUACAUCGAAUAUCACAACGGAGUCACGAAGAGUGAGAAGGCCCUACUGGUGAAUAAAUUUGAGCUGAGCAUUAAGACUGAGGCUACCCACGGUCUGAUUCUGUGGAGUGGGAAAGGAGUGGAGCGCUCCGACUACAUCGCUCUCGCCAUUGUGGAUGGCCGUGUCCAAAUGACCUAUGACCUGGGUUCCAAGCCUGUGGUGCUACGCUCUUCUGUGCGGGUCAACACUAACCGCUGGAUACGAAUCAAGGCCAGCAGAGCGCUCAGGGAUGGCUCACUGCAGGUUGGUAAUGAGGCAGCUGUCACUGGGUCAUCACCCUUGGCUGCCACACAGCUGGACACAGAUGGCGCUCUCUGGUUGGGCGGUCUGGAGGAGCUGUCUGUUGCUCGUCGGUUGCCUAAGGCUUACAGCACAGGCUUUGCUGGAUGUGUGAAAGACGUGAUAGUCAACGGGGUGGAACUGCAUCUGGUGGAGGACGCCUUAAACAGUCCCAAAAUAUUACACUGUACUGCCAAAUAGUCUGGCACCACCUUCCCCCAACACCAUGUCUACUGCUGUAAUUAUUUUUCUAUUAUUUUUUUUUUUUUUGUAUACUUUUAUUUGCUUUUUAUAUUGGAAAAAAUUACAUUGUUUUAAUAAUAUUAUUAUUUUUUAUUUUAUUUUUUCAUCUCUGCGGCCACCCAUAAUCCCAUCCUCAGUUGCAGGUGAACAUGGUGUCACAAGACAUGCAAAAAGUCUUAUUAUGUCCAUGCUGUUUCUAUGACAAACAAAAGAAAAACAUACUUGCUUAUUGCUUGAACAGGGACAGAUGAGGUUGGUGCUGUUUGACCUUUCCGUUGAUUGCCUUUUCUUGGUGCCAUAGAUCUCUCACUGUCUGACAGACACCAUACAUUCCUCUGAGCGCUUGCUGUGGUCCAUUAUAUUUCAUAAGGUCUGCUCUAUCAACAAAUGACAGCAACUGUUUAAUAAGCUGAGCAAGUGUGUGUAUGAUAUUCCUCAUUCAUGAUUCCACUAACAGGGGUGAAAGCUCUAGCUGACGUAACAAUUAGCCUUCCUCGAAAUUCAACAUAAUUUUCCAUGCAAAUGAUCAUAAUUGACCUGUGAGAUACAAUAAUAAAUAGUAAAGAACAACAUGAGACUGUGAAUUUUGAAUAUGCCAUAUUUUGUUGCAAUCGUCCAUCUCAUGUGUUGUGCAUAUCUCAAGAGCAAUUACAUAUAUAAAUAUACUGUAUGACCACUUGUUGCAUGCAUCUUUUUAAGUGUUGAGUUGAUUUUGCCUUGAUUUUAUUUGAUCUUCAUCAUUCCAUUCAGGGCAGAAAUGUAGCUUACGUGGAGGACUGCAUUGCAAUGUAAAUGACUUUUGUUUCUACUGUUUUGACAUUUGAUCAUUCAAGUUGGCAGUAAUAAUGAUAUAUAUAUAUUUGCUAUUUGUCAAUCUGGAUUUCUUUUGUGUGUGUGUGUGUGUGUGUGUGUGUGUGUGUGUGUGUGUGUGUGUGUGUGUGUGUGUGUGUGUGUGUGUGUGUGUGUGUGUGUGUGCGUGUGAGAGAGAA